UAAUCCAGCGGCGUCGGCCACAAUAAAACUGGCGUGCGUGAGGCUCUUGUCGCCAAAGCCUGUUUUGAUCAACGCCGCUCGCUAUUUCUACCUGUCAGUGACAGCCAUGCCGCCCAAGAGGAAACAGACUGAUGAUGCACCAAAACAAAGCGAGAACAAAAAAGCUAAAAAGGAGGACUUUGAAUCCGAUGCCAAGUCGAAGGACGGAGAGCCAUGGAACCUAAAGAUUGUCUCAUGGAAUGUGGAUGGAGUCCGUGCAUGGUUAAAGAAAGAUGGCAUGUCGGUGCUUGAAUUAGAGGACCCAGAUAUAUUGUGUCUACAGGAGACAAAGUGUUCAGAGAAGAAGCUUCCUGAUGAAUUAAAAAAUGUCAAAGGCUACAAAAGCUAUUUUGUAGAAGCAAAAACUGAAGGUUACUCAGGUGUGGCACUCUACUCAAAAGUAGAACCAGUGUCUGUUAAAUAUGGGUUUGAUGAAAAGGAACAUGAUGAUGAAGGCCGCUGCAUUACAGCAGAGUAUGAGAAGUUUUAUCUUGUCACUUCCUAUGUGCCAAAUGCUGGGAAGGGUCUAAUGACACUCGAUAAGAGAAUGGAUUGGGAUCCAAAGUUCCGCAAGUACCUGAAGGAGCUCGAUGAAAAGAAGCCAGUUAUCCUGUGUGGGGAUCUCAAUGUUUCCCACAAAGAGAUUGAUUUGGCCAAUCCAAAGGGAAAUAAGAAGAAUGCUGGCUUUACCCAAGAGGAGAGAGAUGGCUUUACAGAACUGUUAAAUGCUGGCUUUGUAGAUUCAUUCAGGCAUUUAUACCCUGAUAAAGAAAAACAGUACACAUUCUGGACAUACAUGAUGAACUGCAGGGCUAGAAACAUCGGAUGGAGACUUGAUUACUUUGUCAUAUCUGAGAGACUGGUGCCUCAGCUGUGUGAUAACCUAAUCCGGACGUCCCUGUAUGGCUCCGACCACUGCCCCAUCACGCUUCUGAUGCACAUGUGAUCGAUACAUGUGUUGAUCCAGAGAGCUGCAUAGCGUUUGUCUUGUUCAUUCCAUUUUUUUCUACCAUGUCAUCUGUUGUUUCUUAAUAAGACUUGAGUGAUGUUUUUCCAAUUUCAGGUGUGAUUUUGUUGUAUAUUUGUAGGAUUAACUACAAGUACAAGAUUUUGUACCAAGGCAUUGUAGAUAUUUAUAUGAUAUAAAGUCGGCAAAAAAUAGCAGGUUAUAAAUAAGCCAAGAUAUUCUGUAAUAAGUAUGGAAACAAUAAUGUAUGAAUAUACCUUUUCAAGUGUUUGAAAGUUUGUGUUUGUAAUGUUCCUCUUUGUCUUAAGAGAAAUUAUAUUUUUGUUAUUUUUGUAUGUCUGUGAAGUGUUUUUAAAAUAAAUGUUCUUUUCUUCCUUAAAUUAUAUACAAACAUAUAUAACCAAAUGGAAGUCGCAGAAUAAAUUAAUCCAGAAUUUUUAUUGCUUGGAAAAGUUUUUAUAAUAUUUGGUUACCAAAAUGUAUGGCACAGAUUCCUUAUUUUCUUAUCAUAAAUUUCAGGAUCAUUAAGUGAAUUCUUUAAUUUAAAGACAGUCACUGUCCAGGGAAUAUGAAGUUGUAAACAGUUGAUUUUACCUGAAUUUCUCAAGGUUACAAAUCGUAACAAGACUUGUUCAUGUUAUGUGAGUGUGUCUUAGUAUUAAUGCAGCAUCACACUGUAAUAAAUGUAGAAGUACAGA